UGAUGUUGAAGAUACAGCCACGAUCAGUGUAUGUGGCCUACUCAGGGUGAGAUUCCCAUUCCGUUCGAUGUGUUUCCCGUCGUUCGCAUGCAUAUGCAAUUAUUUUUGGCGUAUGCCUUUUUGUUUUUGAUUCUCGACCUCGCACCUAAUCCUAUUAUUUCAAGACGUCAUUGUUUGAGUUUAACAGUUUAAGAGAAUUUGCAUUUACGCACACAAGAAAAUAAAAUGCAGUUACCGAUGCGGAUGCGGUGGAAUGCGAAUCAGAGAGGCGGAAUCCUGCUCGCGGCGUCCGUUGUUCCAGCGUUGCGCGGAGUAGAGGUCGCAGCGCCCGGACUUUUCACAGCGAUUCUCCUCGGGAUUUGGGCCCUCCUUUUCCUCGUCGCGAUCUGGAUUCCGCUUCAAAGAAAUCUGCUACCAUGGCGUGUGGUUUUAACGCAAGAGCAAAACCAGCGCAUAUUGAAAGGCGACGAUGUGAUCGCUGCCAUCAACAGCAGAAGUGUGACAGACGCCGAAUUCGCUGAAAAAAUUGCUAGAAACAAAAACGUGCUUCCCGGAACAAGCGACUACACUGCGUCCCGCUUGAGUUUUCUCGCACCCUACCGGCAUCUACUGCAGAUCCUCACGUUGUUCACACCGGCUCUGCUGAUUCUCUGUUGGAGGACCAGCACUUCUUACACGGGCACCGAGUGGCUGUGUCUCGGCCUCACCUUUAGCGUCGCGAUUUCGAUCCCGGUUCUGUUUCCGGAAAAGUUGCAGCACAAGUGGAAUUCCAAAAUUUUUGCAACCAUGGGUGGGAAGUGCCAGCCUCAUUUUCACCUCUUGGGCCAUCGGGUGUGUGGCUUUCCAGAUGUUUGGGGCAUUUUGGAACAGGCUGACUACAACUGCGAGUGGCUGCAGGACUACGCUAGGUACAAUACAUGACUCAGACUCGCUGAUGCUUGAUAUGUUCCAUAUUGCGCUGCUCCCGCGAGCUUGUUCUUCUUCUUAUUCCUAUUGAUUCGGCAAAAACACUUCUAGACCCUGCCUUGGGCUUAAGCUUCAUCUUCUGAACAGGCAUACAAAUAAAGAAAAGAGGCGCAGAAGAUGAACUUCGGUAUCGCUUCGGCUUCUCAAAAAUGAAAGAAAAGGCCGACAAGAGUUGUACGUACUUGUGAAUCAAACGUGGCCUACUUCGCAACACCAGGUACCAUUUCGGCCAGAAGCUCGUUCGCGAGCAGCUGUUCGGAAAAGUUUUCGCGAGCCGAGCAACCUUCUGUGGUUUUUUUUUGAAGUUGGCUCAGGAUUUUUCCUUGCUCUUGGAUGCCGCCAAAAACUACUACGCUGAAUUGGACGCAUUGAGUCAAGUGAGCCGCGCCGACUUCUUCGACUGCCUGAACCGCGUGAAAGAGGACGGACCGCCGGCGGAUUUUUUGGGAUCCAAAUUCCAACAGCAGUACCUCGAGGCUCGGCGGGAGGAAAAGGAGCGGGAUCUGGAAGUGAGCCGGGGGAGGGCUAAGGGGAAGGGCAAAGGACCUAAAGGUAGCAGACGCAAUGAGGAAACGCCGACCGCGCGAACAGUCGGGGCGCGCGAGAAGGGUGGAGGAGGCGGCAAGGCUAAAGGAAAAGGAAAAGACGGAGAAGGCAUUGCACAGCCAGCGGAUGAGCAAUUGCAGCAAACCCCGACCACAUCUGCCUCUGAUGACGAGGUUCAGGAGGUUGCUACAGAGGAUGCUGCUACUCCUCCGCGGACGAAUGGAGAUGGAACUGCUAAUGCAGAGGGGCGGAACAACGCAGAAAACGAAUACGAAAGUACGCCAGAUCAGGAAGCGAUCGUUGACACCCCUGGUUGCAACGGAAAUGUCGCAAGCAUCUCGGUCGACGAAAAAUCUAUCGCAGUAAAUGUAACUUCAACGACCACGAACGGCUGCAGCCCAGCUCCAUCCUGGCUACUCCGCUUCGCGCGAUUUCUGCAACGCAAUACUUUCUUUUCCGAGCUGUUGGGCCUUGCGUCGUACCGGGGCGAAUCCUGGCUCGAGAGACAGGAGGAAGAGGAAGACGGGGCUCGGUUCUAUCGCUUCACGCCGGCGUGUGCCGCGAGUAUUCGGUAUGAAGAUGGCGCAAUAGUUGACGACACCGAAAUGGCUCCGCUGUUUCUUGACAAACCUUAUCUCACCUGGCGCUGGAACCUCAUCAAGAAGCGUGGCCGCGUGCGAUGGCUGCUGGCAACCUCCCGCCUGGCUGUAGCAUCUGUGAUCUUGUCCAUUCUUUGGUGGUCCCUUGGACAGGCGAAGAGCCUUCUCAUGUUCGCGAUUUAUUUUCCAGGGAUGAUUUCUGCUUCUGCACGAGGUGGCGGAGCUGGAGAUGAACUCGCGAUGAACGCUGAAACUGCAACAAGUCACAGUGUAGAUUAUUUUUCGCUUGGUGCACUUGUUUACCCGGACGCGCUUAGCUGUUGGCUGGCUGAAAUAGGACUACACUGCGUUCUUUUCUUUUCCGUUCUGUGCCGAAUUCGCCUCCAGGUUUACAUCGGGGUCUACGACAGAUACUGCACGGUCGAUUUCUGGGCAAACAAAAUUCGCGCACUUUGCGGAUGUCAGCAAGAACCACCAUCGGAAAGACAGCUAGAAGCCCUCGAUUGGUUGCAGCAGAAGUCUAGGAGUGCCUAUGACUGGUCCGUCGAGGCGUCGCUUAACUGGCUUUGGUACUGGGUACCUGCGGCGUUUUUCGUUUUCCCCCUUUGGUACUUCCUGUUACUCGAGUCGCUGCAGCGUCCCGUCUUGCAUUGGCUGGUCAACCUCGGACUGCAAAAUGGCUCCGCCGGUGACUUGCUUCUCUGGUUUUUCCGAACGAUGACCGGCUUCAACAGGAUCGGCGAACAAAUCUGGAACGCCAUAACUUUUUGGCUCCUCGCAAAUGUCACUCGCGGAUUCAUUUUCGAACCGUUACAGUUCACGUACGAGUGGGAGUCCUCCGACGUUUUCCACUUGCAGCAGAAGCGAGACCACGAAAAGCAAAAAAAGCGCGCUGCACUGGAAGAUGAGCAGGAGGAACAGAAAAAGCGGCGAGAGAAAUACGACCACCUGUCCAAGUCUAUUGAUUUCAGAAACGAGACGUUCACGUUGGCAGAGAUUGGCGAUGAAGAUGAUGGAAGUUCCGCUGACGAUAGCGAGAUCGACGAGGAAGUCGAAGUGUCAGCAGUGGACGAAGUCGCCUCGGAGGAGUCCUCUGAAAGUGAGACAAGUGAGACGCAAGAUGAUGAAGAAACGGACAGCGCGAAUCGCCGGGAGGAUGGUGCCAAGGCGAACGGAAAAGGAAAAGGAAAAGCGCCUCCAUUAGCUGGAGCACCCUCCGGAGACAAGCAGAAGGACGAGGUCGCUGCGCAUGCCAAAUCGGCGCUGGUUGAGUCUUCAUCCAGUUCUGGAGCAGGGGAUCUGAGCGGGACAAGGAGUCCGAUGCGGAAGCUGCCGAAAGUCUCCUCCAAUUGGAAAGAGCUGACCAUAAAAGCCUGCCAUUUGGUAAAGCAGCGCAUUUCCCGCAAAAACCCCGCUUCUUCCGACCGGGCAGCUGGUGGGGGAAAUUACAGAGGCAGAAAGGGAGGCGGAAAAGGCGGCCCGCUGCACUGCAAGCUCGGCGCCCGGCAUGUCAGGAACGACGGGCGCACCGUCCCGUUCGCAAUCUACCGUCAAGAUUUGUUGGAGCUGAAUGGUGGGGACAGGAGGCGUGCCGGGGUCGUGACAAAGUCGAAGGUCGAGCAAGCGGAAAACGUCUUGCUCAAAAUCAAACAGGUGGGCGGGCUCCCGCAAUUUCACGACCAAAUGCCGGACGAUGCCAAACCAGAUACAGAUCAUGACGCGAUUGUUCCGCAGCUGUCCCAGCGUGGUGCUCGAGAUGAUGCUGGUGGCGCCACUAAUGAGGACAAGCAGCAAUCGAAAGGAACAGACACUGUGCUCGUCCAAAGCGGAGAUGCUGACGUGCCAGCGCUCGGCGAUAUUCACGGGAGCGCAAGAACUACACACGGUGGUAGCACGAAAAAAGAUCCGACUUCUGCAACUAUUGCUUCAGCUACUACUGCACCAAGAGCAGGAGCAUUGGCUGAACAGGAAUCUAAGAAAAUCCAGAUCCAGCUGGAAGUGGACUUUUUGGCGGAGCGCAAGGAGCGUGCGAUCGAGUUUCUCAAAGAAUUGAAAGAAGAAAAGUAUCUCCAGUAUGGCGAGUUGAACCUUCGCCGCGCGAACCGUGUUCCCGAUUCCUGGGUCACGAAGGGCUUGUCAAAGGACGAAAUUUUCCGGCAGAGAAGAGUGCGGCGGCAGCAUCUGCGAAAAUGGCUGCAGAAGCUGUCUCUUGGAUAUCAAAAUUGGGAACACCGCAUGGGGAGAAGCGAGGAGUUGCUCCGCAAGCAAAAAGAACUGCCGGAUAGGCGCAAGUUCAUCGUGAAAAACACGAACAACCCGAAGAGAAACAAAAAAGACAAGCGACAAGAUGAGGAGAACGACUGUCCCGGCAUCGAGUACAUCUAUCCCUGGAAGUUCGUUACCUGGUGGCGGCAGCCGCGACGCAAGCGCACGCUGCGCGAUCGCCUGUUGUGGACUUUAGAGCUGCCUUCGGACAUUGCCCGCCAGCGCUUCAACAUUGACAAAUAUGACGAACUCUCAGUCUCAGCGCUGUCCUGGAUCUUGUGGUGCCUCGGGAUCUGAUUGGUGCGGGGGGAUCUUGUGGUGGCUCGGAUCUGUGUGUGCCUCGGAAUCUUCUGAUUGGCGCUGUCGUGGAUCUUGUGGUGCCUCGGGAUCUGAUUGCGUCAUCCAUAGGCGCGUUGGGAUAUGAUCUAGUUUGAUCCUUUUUAUAUCAGUGCAACAGGAACUGGAACGCACCAAAUGCAAAUGGCAUGCCCAUUCAUUUAUAUCAUUCUACUUCGAAAGGAAAGCAAAGCCAUAUUCAAGCUUAUUUGCGAAGAUACGGAU